AUGUCCUCCUGCAGUGAGGGUUGGAUGCAAUACCUGGAUCACUGUUAUCUCCUCAGGACUACACCUACCAGCUGGGACAAUGCCAUUCUACAAUGUCAGAGUCUUGGAUCCUAUUUGGUAGAGAUCGAGACGAAAGAAGAAGAUGAAUGGAUUCGUAAAAUAGGAGCAUUAGAAAUCCCGUCGGUGAAUGGUAUUUGGACAGGAGGUACUGUCUUUGGAAAUGAACACUCCUUUAUCUGGAAUAAUAGCAAGAAAGAACUUAACUAUACAAACUGGGAAGAAAAUGAACCAAAUAAUUAUGGAGGCAACGAGGACUGUUUGGUAAUUAUUGUUCCCGACGGAAACUGGUAUGAUGAGAUUUGUGACAAGCAAUACCAAUUUGUAUGUGAGAAAAAACAUCCAUUUUGA